UUUUGGCUUUGGCGGGAACGGAUCCACUUCCGCGAUUCGUGCCUAAACCUUCUUCCUUCAGAUGACAGAUUCAAAGUACGUGUCGCACGGCUGUCUCAAAGCCUAAAUAACAUCUGGAUCCGGUGUCAGAAAGACACCCAUACACCGUCUGUCACACACAAGAUGAACGACACACUGCCUCUAGCCACACCACUGGAAGAUGCCUCGGACUCAGAUCCACUAGAUGAUAUCGAGGAAGCAUCCACCAGAAGCUUCGAUCUUGCCCUUCACCAAAGUGUGUAUCGAUUUGGCCGCCUCUAUUCUGUGAUCCAUCGAGAUCAGCAUCCAUGGCCAAUUGACGAGUUGGAGCAAGAUCGAUUAGAGGAACAAUCCAUCUUGCUCUGUGAGCUUUUCCGGGGUAGGCUGUUCCUUGCCCCGAUAGAGAGUCCGCGGAGUGUCCUGGACAUCAAGACUGGCACUGGCUGCUGGGCUAUAGAGUGUGCGGACAGACAUCCUGCUUCCACUGUCUGCGGAGUUGACCUGGUGAAGAUGCAACAUGAAUGGGUGCCACCGAAUUGCGAGUUUUUCAUCGACGACAUCUGUCAGCCGGGCUGGCAUACUCACUAUAAGGACAUGGAAUUCAUCCAUAUCAGCCAAAUCCACGGUGACCGUCAGCUGUUAUCGCUCCUGCUGGAAGGGUCCUAUAGCUGCUGCAUCCCUGGCGGAUGGGUUGAGAUCUGUGACAUGAGCGUGCAGUUAGAGGAGUCCGGCGAAAACAGCCCCUUCCACGGUUUCUUUCGGGAUAUAGCGACGGCCUACGCCCGAGACGGGCGCCAGUUAAAUCCUCCCCUCCACUUCGGAACCGAACUCGCUCAACACGGGUUCGUCAACGUCACCGCACAUAGCUACCUGAUUCCUCUGUGCACCGAAGGCUGCGACCAGCUGAUGCGCGGGAUAGUUCGGAACUGGGCUGCAGGACUGGAAGCAUACAGCCUAGCACUGAUGGAGAAGCAUCUUGGAAAGGGCUAUCUUGAGACCAUCCUCUUGUGUGCGUCCGCCCGUGAGGCGCUGCGGAAAGGGAUCAAGGGGGUUUUGCAGAUACAGGUCGUGUACGGACAGAAACCCGGCUUCAACUAAAGACGAACUUGAACGAGGGUGAAGAACAAAACAACGACAUACUCCAGAAAACAUUGAGGGUGGGCACCAGGCGUGACCAGAUAACUUCAUCUCAGAAUCGAUAACCGCAGUCCAGCAAUGUUGCUAUCGUAUACCUCUCAUUUGCUUUCGCUGUUAUGUUGCAGUCACCAUCUGUCAGCAAAUUUUUCCCAUACAAAAGGUGACGGUGGAGGAUUUGGUGACCGACGAGGGAAGGGCAGUCAAGCAUGAAAGGGUUUUAGGCAGCACCAUGCUAUAAAGAAUCCACCAGUCACCUAUCAGUCAGGCUCAUAGACAAGGAGGAAAGAUCGAAGCUCACCCGGGUUAGCCUGAUGCAGGUCAAGGCUCUCUUCACCGGCCCAUGAGUACGAAGAUGCAUCUGAGGAUGGGAAGAGGCGG